UCUCCUCUGGGCUGGGCCUGAAGUAGCUUUCGGGUGAUCCCGGGCUGACAGCAGCUCCAGGGACUCUCGGAGUGGAGCGGGAGCGCUCCGAGCCACCAUGCCGCGGUCGUUCCUGGUCAAGAGCAAGAAGGCUCACAGCUACCACCAGCCGCGCUCCCCAGGACCUGACUAUUCGCUCCGCCUGGAGAAUUUGCCGGCGCCGGGCCGAGCAGACAGCACUUCGAGCGCGGGCGGGGCGGAGGCGGAGUCCCGAGGCCGUGUGUCCCCCGAGUCGCAGCUGACUGAGGCCCCCGACGGAGCCUCCGCGUCCCCUGGCAGUUGCGAGGGCAGCGUCUGCGAUCGGAACUCGGAGUUUGAGGACUUCUGGAGGCCUCCGUCGCCCUCCGUGUCUCCAGCCUCGGAGAAGUCGGUGUGCCCGUUGCUGGACGACGCCCAGGCCUUACCCCUGUCCUUCAAGCCGUAUUCGUGGAGCGGCCUGGCGGGUUCUGACCUGCGGCACCUGGUGCAGACCUACCGGCCGUGCGCGGCCCUGGAGCGUGACGCGGGCCUCGGUCUCUUCUGCGAGCGCGCCCGGGAGCCAGGCCACCCAACCGCGCUGUAUGGCCCGGAGCGGGUGUGUAGAGAAAGGUGGAUGGCGGCCGGCUCAGGCCUCGAGGCAGCCCCAGAUUUUGGCAUCACGUGUUUGACACCUCAUUGUGAGCCCCGAAAGUGCGAUCCCGAUCAUUACUUCGGGUUUCUUGAGGAGGUGACUGGCACGUCCUUCUCUCUGCAGGAACGGAGUUUUGACUGUAAGAUCUGUGGCAAGAGCUUCAAGAGGUCGUCCACCCUGUCCACACACCUGCUCAUCCACUCAGACACCCGGCCCUACCCGUGUCAGUACUGUGGCAAGAGGUUCCACCAGAAGUCCGACAUGAAGAAACACACCUUCAUCCACACUGGUGAGAAGCCCCACAAGUGCCAGGUGUGUGGUAAGGCAUUCAGCCAGAGCUCCAACCUCAUCACCCACAGCCGCAAGCACACGGGCUUCAAGCCCUUCGGCUGCGACCUGUGUGGGAGGGGCUUCCAGAGGAAGGUGGAUCUCCGGCGGCACCGGGAGACGCAGCAUGGGCUCAAGUGAGCACCCUGGCUGGCGACAAGCAGCAGUCACACAACACUACAGAGGGCAGCCUCCCCCUUGCUACUGCCCCUUCUGACUUCUCAGGCCCCCCAGUCCAAUCUGCAGAUCCCACCAGGGUGCUCACCCUUUGUCUUACUUCCUGGAGCUGCCAGAGCGGAUGAGGAACCUUUUCAAAGUUCAGCGUGGAUCAGGAACCAAGUGGCUCGCUGGGCUAUAUCCAUGCUGAGCAGGCCUCUCUAUACCAACAGAUUCAAAGUCAAAUGGGAGCAGAUAAAAUCUUGGGCCCCACAGUCCUCUGCAUUCCCAGCCCUGCUCCACAGACAGAAAAGUCCUUCAGGUUUGUUUCCUCCUCCUCCUGAUCUACCCUGAAUCCUUGUGUGGAAGAGAAGGAUCACCAUUUAUAAGGUGGACACGUUAAUUUUUUUUUUUUUAAUAUAUCUAGAAGAAUGAGUGAUUUUAUUUUUAUUUCUUUUUCCUGCUGGGGAGUCUGUUGGCCCGUUUCUGUUGGGUGCUGCCUAUAUGUCUCGAAGGAAUCAUUUCUCCCACUUGAAGACUGGUUCAGAAAUCGGUUCGGGAAAGGAGUUUGAUGCUUUUGAAAUGACAAGAUGUACUGUCGGGGCCUGGCCCAGGAAGGAGCAAAAGUGGACUUGUUGAUGAGAGGGGAUUAGAGGUCUGGCCCGUGAAGGCUUUAUCAGAGAAGGUGAAAGCACAGAGCAAUGUCUUUUGACAAAUCAUUCAUUCACUCAACUAAAGUUUAUUGACGGCCAGUUACCAUGGCACCAUGCCCUGUGCUCGGUACUGGGGAGGCAGAGAUUAAAGUCAUGGCCACGUGGCUAGUGGCUGCAUAUGUUUUCUCCCUCCAAGGGAAUACUAAGAAGACAACACAUAAUCUUGAACCUUCUCUCUGACCCUUUUGGAUUUUACCAAGCAAAAAUGAAAAACAGCUGAGAGGUUACUUCAGAGAUUUGUGUGUAUACUCAGUUUUUUAUUGUUAAACUGGUAUUUUAAGAUGUCUGAGUAGUCAGGGAAUGAAGCCUCUGUCUUCAAUUCUUUGACUUUCCAUGUGUACCAUAGAGAAAAAUAAGUGAUGUUUUUACUUUGAGGAGGUUUGUAAAUGUUUUUAGAUAUUCUGGAGUGCAUUAUGUUUGUUAAUACGUAUUUAUUAGAAUGAUGUUUUAAGUUAAUAAAGUAUUAAGACUCUUACAGAUUGCUUUUCAUUUAGGCAGGGAACUUGGGAAAGACCUUUGUUUUAGUCUGCAGGAGAAGCUGGCACUGAAGGAAACUAUAUUCUGACUCAUAGUGACCCUAUAGGACAGAGUAGAACUGCCCCAUGGGGUUUUCAAGGUUGUAAUCUUUACAGAAGUAGACUGCCACAUCUUUCUCCUGCAGAGCAACUGGUGGGUUCAAACUGCCGGCCUUUCGGUUAGCAGCCGAGCACUUAACCACUGCGCCACCAGGGCUUCUUGAAGCAAACUAUAGUGGAGUGUGAAAGUGAAGCAGACAAGCUAGUAUCCAGAAAAGAGUAAAAUCCAAUGGCUCGGGGUUUUCAUCUACUUUUUUCUCUAUGUCUUAGAGAUACUUCUUUCUUAACAGAAAAAAAUAGUAGGUUAUACAAAACUAAGCUUCUGCCUUGUAGAGUCACUGAUGGUCCCACACGUACAUAGGCUUUUUCCUCUGAGAAUUUCAAAGGUUUUUACAGGCUAGAAGGUUCCUAGAUGAAUAAAGCAACCACAGGUCUUAGAUCUAGAAAUUUGAGUUUUAGUCAUGGCUCUGUCAUCAACACACCGUCUGACUUGGAUGAAUCCUUUGAUUUCCCUGAUGCUGAUUUCUUUGCCCAUGAAAUGUGGAUAUGGUUCUAACAUCCCAUCCAACCCUGACUUCUUUGAGUUUGUGGAGAGACUAGAGGAGAGAGAAAGUGUGAGAUUGGUUAGCUGCCUCACCUAAGGCAAGUUACACAUCUAAAGACAUAUAAAUAAAAAACCAAACCCACUG